UGGCAAUAUCUCACUUUGCUUUAGCUAGUUAAAAUUUUUAUGAUCGAAGCUAGUUAAAUUAAAAUUCAUUAUGAUCGAAGCUGAUUCAAAAGAAGAAGAUGACAAGAUACAAGUUAUUGUCGAACAAUUCAAAUCAAGGGGUCUAUUUGACGAAUUUCGUCAUGAGGCUUUAAAUGAAUUGGAUACAAAGCCAUUUUUUUACAAUUUAAAACAUCAUGUAGAGGAAUCUGUUUCAAAAUUUUUAUCAAAUAUUAGAUGGAGUUAUUCAUUAAAUAAAAAUGAUCUUAGAAGCAAAUUAAGGACUGAAGUCUUACAGUCUAAAAUAUUGAAUGAUAGUGUUAAUUUUGUUGUAAAUCACACUAUUAACAUUGAUAUGCAAUCAAGAUUGAGUCUAAAUAUCUUGAAAUUUUUAGAAAAGUUUUUUAUUAAUGAACAUCAUAUUUCAGAUAAAGAAUUCUAUCUCAAUCCAGUUACCAAUACUCUUUCUACUAGUGUUAAUGAACCAAAAGAAAUAACCUCUAUGGAUUCAUCACUUCCCCCAUUGCCACCUUUGCCCCCUAAAGAAUUUGUUCCCCCUCCUCCCUUGCCUCCUCAACCUUCUUAUGAUGACAAUUAUCUAAUGAACACCAAUAAAUCUCCUUUUGAUUCUUUCAUAAGUGAAAGCAAUAACAUAGCAAAUGAUAUAACCAUUUUAAACAAUUCAACAGAUAAUUCUGCUUUAGCAGCAUUAGAUAAAAUAAAGAAUAAAUUAGCACAAUUGUUAAAUAGUGGUGAACUUGACCUCAACAAUAUAAACUUAGAUAUGGGUUCAUUGAAUGAUCAAAUGAGUUUACUAUUAGGUGAUAUGAAUGUUGAUCAAUCAGAGAAAGUUGUUAUACCAGAUAGAGAUUCCUUUAUAAAAUCAAAUUCUUUAGUUAAUGAGAAUGAGGAUCAAAAUACAAGAAAAAAAGAUGUCAAAGAUAAAGAUAUUAAAAUUAGCGGUAAUGAAAAUACAAAACUCCGGGUUCAUACAAAACAUGAGGUUGUUGUCGAGGAUCUAGAUGAAUUGUUGAAUGACGGCAUUAAAAAAUUAACAUCUACCAUCAAGAUAGAUAAUGAGGAUAUAAGCGUCAGUUCGGUUCAUACUAGUGAUCUUUCCUCCCUCGAGGACCAAAUCAGCAUUUCUUCAUCAGAACUCCCAGAAAUUAUGGACGAACAUGAUGCUGGAUCCACAUUUCCAAUUUCGGACAAAGACAAGGGAACGAUUCAAAGUGAUUUUCAUAGCGAAGACCAGAAAUUCGAUAAUACAUCCAUCAUAAACCACGCUUACCAUUAUUUACUGGGCGGCUGUUAUUGUUCAGAAGAUAACAAUUGUUUCAAUUACUAUCAAAAUAUCAUCUCCCUAAACAAUGACCCUAACUUGGAAUCACCUUUCAGUGGGGCAAUCAGAAUUAAAAACGCAUUUGUUCGAGAUAAACAUAGCACCAUACAAGAUAUUCAUAACAUUUACGGAAUAACAGACAUGGAUCGUCAAAUGGAUAAAAAGAUUUGGCCCGAAAAACGAACAUACUACAAGAAAAUCAAAGAACGGGAAGACAACAACUCAUCCUCACCCUAUUCUCCUAUAAUACGUAGACAUAAUAUUUCUGUAAUGCCAAGGACCAACUCUCCUUGCUUUAAAUAUAAUCGGUAUGAAAAACCGGUACAACUAGGUACUACGAAAACUACCAAAUUUUCAAAUAUAGACACAUUUACCUAUGAUUUUUACGAAUGCGGAAUUAAACCGGCUACCUCUUCCUCUCUAAAGAAAAAAGCCCGAACAUAUGCGCCUAAGUUAAUUGCCGGGCCAGGAGAUGAGGGGAAUACUAAGCCCGCUGUCACUAAAGGUGGUAUAGUCUUGCCUACACAUAGAGUCAGGGAGCACCUUCUUCGCCACACCCGUCAAUUCAAACAAAAUUUUAGACGUCUUUACGCACCGGAAGACUCAGACAAUAUCAAUAACUCAAAAAAUAUUUCCGAUAACCCUGCAUCUUCUCACACCUCUACCGAAAAUACGAUGAAGCAAGACACCUCAGAAGGCCACAAAACCGAUAAAAUAAUUUUUAAUGAAGCUGCCAAUAAUAGUAAUAUGAAUUACUUGCAGAGGGUCAAUCAUAGGAGGGAAAGAAUGUUAAGCAACGAAGUUUCACCACCUCUUAGGUAUAAAAAGGUUGAAGAUGAUCCUCAAGAAUCGGUGGAAGAAAGCAAACCCUCCACGUCCUCCUAUUUUAAUAAAGGAAUGGGUUACCAAUCUCCUUCAAAAUUUGGCAAUAGAGAUAGGAGUCACAGCAUUUCUAAAAGUGUUUACCAUUCUUCUUCACCUUAUUACGAGGAUACUGAAGCAGCUAUCCCUAAUUUAGACAAAACUAUGCGCGCUUCCUCGAAGCCAGAGAGUUCUCACAACCAUGAUAAGCGAGCAUGCUAUGCCAAAGAUAUAAAUGAUUCCGUAUAUGAGCCAAGGUAUCAUUAUAAACAAUCUAAGCAUCGAUUUAUACCACCUAGCAAUGAAUAUAAUUCAUCUUAUCACUCACCUCAGGUUCCGAGAUUCAAAAGAGGGGCUAGUAUGAUGAAGACAUAUCAUCAGCCACCUUUUUCACGAUAUUAGAAUUAUUUAAUAUAUAUUAUUAAUAUUUAAUAAUAUAUUGAUGUAAAGUUAUAUUCUGGAUCGUGAAAAUAAUUGUAUAUUUAAAUUUCUAAAGAAAAUUAUUUAUAAAUCUUUAUAAAAUUAUCAUGCAUAA